AUGGGUUUCUGCAUAGCAAGUAUUAUUAGACGGGCAUCGUUUUCUACAACGCAAGGUGCAUCCAAGGGUGUUGAAGUACCAAAAGGCUAUCUUGCAGUUUAUGUUGGAGAUAAGAUGAGGCGGUUUGUAAUUCCCGUAUCAUACUUGAACCAACCUUCAUUUCAAGAAUUACUUAGUCAAGCCGAAGAAGAAUUCGAAUAUGAUCAUCCAGCUGGUGGUCUCACAAUUCCAUGCCAGGAGGAUGAGUUCCUGAACUUAACCUCUUGCUUGAAUGAUUUGUAGAUCAUGCUAAUAGAUAUUAAGAUAGAUUAGAUGA